GCGCAGGGGCGGGAAGCGCGCGUUAGCGGGAGCAGCGGCAUUAAACGGUUGCAGGGGCAGCGGCUGGUCGUCGUCUCCCAGGCUCUCAGACUCUCGUCUCCGCCGUCUUCGCUCGGAGCCCCGGGAAGCCUAAGCCAGCUAGGCCUCCUCAUCUGUGUAGCUGUCGUUGCGGAUCCAUCAUGUUCGAGGCGCGCUUGGUCCAGGGCUCCAUCCUGAAGAAGGUGCUGGAGGCGCUCAAGGACCUCAUCAACGAGGCCUGCUGGGACAUCAGCUCCGGAGGCGUGAACCUCCAGAGCAUGGACUCGUCACACGUCUCCUUGGUGCAGCUCACCCUGCGCUCCGAAGGCUUCGACACGUACCGCUGCGACCGCAACCUGGCCAUGGGUGUGAACCUCACCAGCAUGUCCAAAAUAUUAAAAUGUGCUGGCAAUGAAGACAUCAUUACCCUAAGGGCUGAAGAUAAUGCAGACACCUUGGCGCUAGUGUUUGAAGCACCAAAUCAAGAGAAAGUUUCAGACUAUGAAAUGAAGUUAAUGGAUUUAGAUGUUGAACAACUUGGAAUUCCAGAACAAGAGUACAGCUGUGUGGUAAAGAUGCCUUCUGGUGAAUUUGCACGUAUAUGCCGAGACCUCAGUCAUAUUGGAGAUGCUGUUGUAAUAUCCUGUGCAAAAGAUGGAGUGAAAUUUUCUGCAAGUGGAGAACUUGGAAAUGGAAAUAUUAAGUUGUCACAAACAAGUAAUGUUGAUAAAGAGGAGGAAGCUGUUACCAUAGAGAUGAAUGAGCCUGUUCAGCUAACUUUUGCACUGAGGUAUCUGAACUUCUUUACAAAAGCCACUCCACUCUCUCCUACAGUAACACUCAGUAUGUCUGCUGAUGUACCUCUUGUUGUAGAGUAUAAAAUUGCCGACAUGGGACAUUUAAAGUACUAUUUGGCUCCCAAGAUUGAGGAUGAAGAAGGAUCUUAGGUGAUCAUAAAAUCCAAGAAAAUAAAAACAGCUUUUGAGAACUGCUCCCGAGACAGCAGCACCUACUGAAGUCUUGUCUGGCACCAAAUUUGUAUUUGAGUACAUAUGUAGAUACUGCUUUGUAAAUAACCUAUUUUUUGCUCAAUUUCUCUACAAUUUGUUUAAAAAUUAAAAUCCAAAGUCAAAUCUUGUUAACCUAGAAAUACUUUUGCCUUACUUAGAAAUACUAUAAUUUUUGUAUAACAAAAGGGUCGAAAGGUUUUCCAAUUUAAAUAAAGUUGCCUGAAUUUCA